AUGGAACAAGGAUUUUUAUCUCCCAGUCAUAAAAAGGAAUGUUGCUGUGCUGAUCUUACAGAUGUCGUUGAAGAAAUCGUAACAGUACACUAUGGCGGUGGCAAGCGAACAAAUGAGCAUGACCCACAUAGAUGUGUGGUGAUGUUUUUGUGGCAGGGAGAUGAAUUUAAUUAUGGCGAGGACAUCCCAGAUGUCAGUGAAUGUCUGCUGAAGCAUGGCGGAUUGCUAAUAAUAACUUGCAUGGACGCACAAACAAUCAUUAGAGUUUCGCGCUGUAAAGCCAAACGUACAGAACUUAUAGUACGUCCAAGGCGUGUGAUUGCAGACAGAUCAAGUGAAGCCCACAAUUUUGUACAGAAUUGGAUUGUAUUAAUUUGGAAGGUAGAGAAAGAGUUUGACUGGGCAAAAAAAACAAAGAAUUCUGAAAAGAAAGGCACAAAUUUAAAUUUUGAACCUAAGUUCGUGCAUAUUACGAUUGUACAGAGCUAUCAAAAUAGUACACUUGUAGACUCAAACACUAAGCCAACUCUUAAUACAGAUAUUUUAUUAGAGCACAAAAAUUGUUUAUUAAGAAAUUAUAAAAAGCUUUUAAACUGCAUAGGUACUUGGCUAAAGUUUGCUAUUUUAUUUUGUCUUCUAGCAAAUGCACUGAUCACUCUCAACAAAAAAGUCGAGGAUGGCCUUUAA